UGUGUAAUGUGUAUUGAGGCAGUGUGAGGGAAAUAUACAGACACACAUACGCAUAUCAUCGCGCGUUCACGUACACGUAUACACGCGUAUGCGCGCACACACCACAUACAUACACACACACACACGCACACGACAUAAUACGAAUACAAGUACUCGUCGAGAUAAGCCGUAUACCUCGCCACUUGUUAUUCGAUGGGACGCCGACGUCGACGCGACUCCUGGUGCAAACGGCCCACAGCGCGACCGUGGUGUCGCUUGACCCUAGUGCGUUGAAGCCCAGGCGCCGGCAUGGAUCGCUCGAGUGCCUAGCCCGAGUUGACAGAACAAAUCAAUACCGUACAUCGCGCUGGGCAUACAAAAUGGCCUCCGGAGACUUGUUCAUUCUCUUUCUUCCAAGAGAGAAAGAGAGAGAGACGUAUCCGGUGGCCCCGCAUCCACCGACCGGCUUUGUCCCUGCGCCAACGCAACCCCCAACUUACGGUGUUGCAGGCGCCGCACCCUAUGGAGUAUUUCCCAAUCAACCUCAAUUAUAUGCGACGCAAGGUCCGCCGCCACCGACAUACGAUCAGACCCUUACGCAUCCUAUGAUGUAUCAACCAAUGUAUGGACAGGGAUAUCCUUUGCAAUAUUAUCCACCAGGGUACCCAUUGCAAUAUUAUCCGCCGUUGGCUGCGACUACAGCAUAUUAUCCUGCUAUGCAGCCCGCUCCUGUAAGGCCCACUAUCAUGGUACCUAACGGUUUCGAUGGUACCCGGUUCGAUGGCAUCUCGCAGCCGGUGUUGCCGCCACCACCACCUGGAGUGGCCGCCAAUGCUGCACAAUUGGCCGCGAUGGCUGGUCAUAGCGUAGCCCUAUCGCAAAAGAAGGGUUCGUUCCUAGGAGGAGGAACGGAGGGCGGUUAUACCUUUUGGUAAAUCGUCAAACCACCUCUUGUGUAACAUACAUACAUGUAGAGACACAUGUAUAUUACUCAUACAAUUACAUUAACUGUUGGAAGCGCUGUGUUGUCGAGGCGACGAGAUUAUGUAGGCAACUUCUGGUAGAGCUCCGCUUUUAGGCCAUUGCAUGUGAAAGAGUUUUAGUCUUAGUAAUUAUAAGACUGUAAGCGAACCAACAGUCACUCUACUACCUUGUGAUGGAAUGCUUGACUGUGAUUGUGGUCGAUUACGGUCUUAUGGUUAUGACUAAAAUUUUUUACAUGCAAUAGCUUUCUCUCACUGCUAUUGGAGACAACACAUACACACAAUACACACAUAUAUACACUACAUUAUAUAUAUCGAUAUUUAUUAAUAUUGAUAAAACGUGUGAGCGGACUGAUCACACAUACGACACAUUUGCGCGGGUGUCACACGCGCAAUGCACACGCAUACACAUACACACACACACACAUAAAUACACAGCAGCAACAUACACAUUUAAACAUAAGCAGCAACCGUGAGAGUUCUCACACGAUUCAUCUACGGCGAUAUUUGCGAUCGAUAGAAGCAAUCCAAUGAUCUCAAGGACACCGUCGCCGUCUUGGUGAUCAAUUUGCGUAUUUCAUGUACUAUUGAGCCGAAGAGAAUCGUCUUGGCCGAGAAAGAUUCGGACACAAUGACACUCGUCGAAUACCCUAUAAAGAUAGUUUUUUGAAAGCUCACCGUUCCGUGAAAAUCGGGAUGAAAGCACUACACGAGUUUUGAAGGAUCCAAAGAUCCGAAAGUUUCGAGCCCAAGAUUAUCCGUAAUUAUCGAGAAAAACGUCCGUUAACGGACCAUAGAUCCGAACUAAUGGAAAUUCAGAAUUUCCGCAAUUAAAAUUUUUUAGAAUUCAGAAAGUGCAAAAUAUAUAAUUUGCUAAUGAUCAAAUUUAAAGAAUUGAAGAACAUUUAGACCUAUGGAAUUCCAAGAGGAAUUUGGAGUUUUAAAAGCUUUAGAAUUUCAAUGUGUAUCACACACAAGAAAUUUAUUCUUUUUAGCUGAACUGGAACGGAAUAAAAUGAAAUAGAUAUAUUUAGAAAUUAGAAAAAAAGAAAAAAAGUAUAACAAGUUCUGCUAAAAAGAUCUAUGUACUUGGAGAUUCGAAUUUUCAUAAUGUAAGGUUUUAGAACAUUAACGACAUAAUCUACAGUUGAAUUGUUUAAGGAAAUAAUAAUUGAAAUACUAAUUGAAAAUAAAAAUUGAAAUUUAUGAUUAUUGAUUUUCUCAAGAUUCAAAAUACUCAGAAUCUAGCAUCGGUUAGUAGCUUUCAUUCAAAGAUUCAAAUAUCGAGAAAUGAUUUAUCGAUUAAAUUUGCUUAUAUUUAGUUAUUAGUUGAAAUUUGCUUAUAUUUAGUUAUUAAUUGAAAAGAUAAAAUAUUAAGAAUCUAUGGUCAUAAAUUUCUGAGAAUCUUUAGUAACCUGUGAAAGGAUCCAUGGUAUCGGAGGAUCCGAAAGCUCGAAGCAGUCGUUGUGUCUUUCUUACGAAAAAGAUAUUGCGAGAAUGUUAUUUUACGAACUAACUAGUUAGACCAGGAAAAGAUGGACUAAUGCCAUUGAUGAGAAGCGAUCGAUGUCGCUGCGCUCAUCAAAGCAGAAGGAAAGAAUCAAGAAUAGAGUGCAUGAGCCCAAUGUCGACUAUUGUAGGAAUUCACGUGACAUAUUGCGUUGAUAUUUAUAUUUAAAUUAUUGUUAUUUAAACAAUUUAUUUGCAGACCCUCCUUAGAGACAGAAUCAUCAGUGCAACAUGUUUCAACAAUUAAUUUUGUAUCUGGAGAGACUGUGAGUGAAAAAGAAUGGAGAGGGAGAGAAAAAAAAAAGAAAGAGAAGAAGAAAGAGAGAAAGAAAGAGAGAAAGAAAGAGAGAAAGGGACAAAGAAAGAAUGAGUUUUGUUAUCACGAAAAAGUGUGCAAUAAGCGUAAAUCUAUUGUAAUAAUAAAAAAAAAAACAAUAUUAAUUGAAACUGUGCACUUGUUAUUAGGUUGAAUAAAUGAGUGAGAGAAAUAAAAAGAAAACAGAAUACAUGCGAGUGAGUGAAUGAGUAAAAGUGAGAGUGAGUGAGACAAUAGUGAAUGAAAGAAAACAAUGAAAAUGUAUCACUGCGCAAUGAUCAAUUGUACCAGUUAAUAAAUGCUAUGAUCAUGAAAUUCGUUAA